UCCGUGAUUGUCGUUUGUCGUUUCUUAUUACUGUUAUGCGAAUUGAUGCGAAUUAAUGUUAAUAGACAAUGGUAGCAAAUGUAGUAGGUGUACGAAAUACUAUAAAUAAAUGAUUAAAAAAACCAUAGAUAAUUUAUUAGAAUGAAAGAAUCGUCAUUUCUAAGAACAGUAGUUUUGGUAUGUCAGAUGCAACAAGGGAGAAUAUGUAAAAUAUAAAAAUAACGUUUGGUCAUAUUCACUCUUUAUUCUUCGUUGCCAUAUGCCGAAUUGAAUGUUAUAAUAAACAAGAUGAAUUUUGGAGUGGAUUGGGAUCUUGAACAUCAACGUAUUUUGCUGGAUGGAAAUGCAGUAUUAGAACGUUCGGCACAGUCGGUCGCAAGAUCGCAAGUUGUCGCAGCAGAGAAUGAGCAUAUUGGUACAGAAGUGAUCUCUGAAUUAGGUGAACAAAGAGAUCGUCUCUUGCGCGCAAAAAGGAGAUUGUCGCAGACAGAUGAGGAAUUGGAUAGAGCGAGAAAAAUUCUGAAUGUUAUGCGACUCAAGGUUUUGACAAACAAAGUUGUGCUAAUCUUGAUCAUUUUACUGGAAUUAGUUAUUCUUGGUAUAAUUGUAUACUUAAAAUUUUUUCAUAAAUGAGUUGUCUCUUAUUAAGCUUGAUAAAACCAAGAGGAAAUAAUAUUGUA